AUGGCUCUUAGUUUUCUUGCUCAGCAGCCAGACUUUGAAUUUUCUGUAGACCUGCAGCAGGAAAAUGGGACCCGGCUGGUGACAGAAUUCCUGCUGGUGGGAUUCUCCAGCCUCCCACACCUGAAGACCACACUCUUCACCCUGUUCUUCCUCACCUACCUGGUCACCCUUGGUGGCAACGUCACCAUUGUCACCAUCAUCCAUACGGACAGGUUGCUCCACACUCCCAUGUACCGCUUCCUGGCGGUGCUGUCCCUCUCAGAGACCUGCUACACGCUGGUCACCAUCCCCAACAUGCUGGCUCAUCUGCUGAUGGAGAGCCAGGCCAUCUCCAUCCCUGGCUGUCGGGCUCAGAUGUUUUUCUUCCUGGGUCUGGGAUGCAGUCAAUGCUUCCUCCUUACCCUGAUGGGUUAUGAUCGCUAUGUGGCCAUCUGCCACCCAUUGUGCUACUCUAUGAUCAUGAGACCCACGGUUUGCCUCUGCCUGGGAACCCUGGUUUUCUGCUCUGGGUUCCUGGUGGCCUUGAUCGAGACCAGCAUGAUCUUCUCAUCCCCCUUUUGCCGCGGAGACCGCGUGGAGCACUUCUUCUGCGACAUUGCCCCGGUGCUGAAGCUCAGCUGCGCCGAGAGCACCCACAAGGCGCUGGGCAUCUUUUUCCUGAGCGUCCUGGUGGUGCUGAUCUCCUUCGUCCUCAUCCUCCUCUCCUAUGCCUUCAUCGUGGCAGCCAUCGUGAGGAUUCCCUCCGCAGCUGGCCGGCGCAAGGCCUUUUCUACCUGCGCGGCCCACGUCACCGUGGUCGUGGUACAUUUUGGCUGCGCCUCCAUCGUCUACCUGCGUCCGGAGUCCGGGGCCAACCCCGACCAGGACCGCCUGGUGGCCGUGUUCUACACGGUGGUGACGCCACUGCUGAACCCUGUGGUAUACACUCUGAGGAACAAGGAAGUGAGGGUGGCUCUGAGGAGGAGCCUGGCGCGGAGCCGCGGUGUUUUUAAAUAA